CACCUCUCAGUCAGUCGUCAAAGAGAUAAGGUGGUCGGGUGAAUGUCGUUCGUGGAAAUAUUCUAAACUAAAAAUAAAAAAAAUUGUACUCCGGUGCGGACAGAGAGUUCCAUCAUGAGUGCAUUAAUGAAAGCAGCUAUAAAUCGAAGCCCUGCCUCACUGGCUUCAUACUUAUAUAGAAACCUCCAUUUAUCAGUGGGAGGGGCAUCACCACUAAAAGAUGCGUCUGUUAACUCGAAUGCAUCAAAGGCAUACACAGUUAUUGAUCAUCAACAUGAUGCACUAGUAAUAGGGGCUGGUGGGGCAGGUUUAAGAGCUGCAUUUGGUUUAGUCCAGGAAGGAUUUAAGACAGCUGUUGUUACUAAGCUAUUUCCUACUAGAUCUCACACAGUAGCUGCUCAAGGAGGAAUUAAUGCUGCCUUAGGUAACAUGGAAGAAGACAGUUGGUUAUGGCAUAUGUAUGAUACAGUUAAGGGCUCUGAUUGGCUUGGUGACCAGGAUGCCAUCCAUUAUAUGACAAAAGAAGCACCACAUGCUGUAAUUGAGCUGGAUAACUAUGGUAUGCCUUUCUCUCGUACACCUGAAGGAAAGAUUUAUCAAAGAGCUUUUGGAGGUCAAUCUCUUAAAUUUGGCAAGGGUGGACAGGCACAUAGGUGCUGUGCUGUUGCUGACAGAACUGGUCAUUCCCUGCUUCACACACUCUAUGGCCAAUCCUUACGAUACGACUGCGAAUACUUCAUUGAAUACUUUGCAUUGGAUCUACUCAUGGAGGAUGGUGUCUGCAAAGGGUGCAUUGCCAUCAACCUCGAAGAUGGAACUUUACACAGGUUCCAAGCGAAGAACACGAUCCUGGCGACGGGCGGCACGGGGCGCGCGUACUUCAGCUGCACGUCGGCGCACACGUGCACGGGCGACGGCACCGCCAUGGCGGCGCGCGCGCGCCUGCAGAACGAGGACAUGGAGUUCGUGCAGUUCCAUCCCACCGGCAUUUACGGCGCUGGAUGUCUAAUGACGGAAGGUUGUCGUGGAGAGGGUGGCUUCUUAGUGAACGCAAAGGGAGAACGUUUCAUGGAAAGAUAUGCACCAGUAGCUAAGGAUCUCGCCAGUCGAGACGUUGUAUCCAGAGCCAUGACUGUUGAGAUUAUGGAAGGUCGCGGUUGCGGUCCAGAGAAAGACCAUGUCCACCUCCAGCUCCACCACUUACCCCCAGAACAAUUAAAGCAGCGUCUGCCUGGAAUAUCGGAAACGGCAAUGAUCUUUGCUGGCGUCGACGUCACCAAAGAACCCAUUCCUGUAUUGCCUACGGUGCAUUACAACAUGGGAGGAACACCCACCAACUUCAGAGGAGAGGUGAUCACGCACCACGGCGGCGCGGACCGCGUGGUGCCGGGGCUGCUGGCGGCGGGCGAGGCGUCGUGCGCGUCCGUGCACGGCGCCAACCGGCUCGGCGCCAACUCGCUGCUCGACAUCGUCGUGUUCGGCCGCGCCUGCGCCAUCACCGUCGCCGACACCAGCCGCCCGGGCGACGCGCAGGCGCCGCUCAAGGAGACAACUGGACAAGAAAGUAUCGCAAACUUGGACAGCCUCCGAUACGCAAACGGAAGCAUUUCAACGGCGGACCUGCGCUUGCGCAUGCAAAAGUGCAUGCAGAAGAACGCUGCAGUGUUCAGACAGAAAAGCACAUUACAGGAAGGUCAGCAUCAAAUCCAUGAAAUCUACAAACAGAUGAAGGACGUAAAAGUAUCGGAUCGGUCACUGAUCUGGAACAGCGACCUGGUGGAGACCCUGGAGCUACAGAACCUGCUCAUCAACGCAGUGCAGAUAGUUGAAGGAGCGCUGGCGAGGGAGGAGUCCCGUGGAGCGCAUGCUAGGGAGGACUUUAAGACUCGCCGAGAUGAAUUCGACUAUUCCAAGCCUUUGGAGGGACAGACGAAGCUGACGUUCGAGCAGCACUGGAGGAAGCACACUCUCGCGGAGACGGACCCCGACAGCGGCGAAACCAAGCUGAGCUACCGACCCGUCAUCGACCACACGCUGGACCAGGCCGAGUGCAAGACCGUGCCGCCCGUCAUACGCACGUACUAGGCGACGGCAGGUAAUCUCCGAAUGGGUGCUGACUGAACUAGGCAGUAUUUUUCGACGCAUCUCGGCACAAAUAGUGUUCAUGCCAUUAUUUAUUUAAUUUUAUUUAUUGUAGUGUAGCAUUUAAGAAUAGUAACAAUGUUAAGUAAAACAUAAUAAUUCUUAAUACCUCUGAACAGUUUUUAAAUCACUUACGUCUACAAUAUUCUCUUAUUGUAUGUAUAUACGUACUUUAUUAACUUGCCAGAUGCAUUGUAAAUUUAAAAUUACAAUAAUCAAUGAAAAUUAUAAUUUCUAAUAAACUUGAUUUAGAAAUGUAAAUAUUUUUUAUUGAGCAGCAUUUUUAAUCAUAUAUUUAAUAAUAAUAAAUGGUUAGGGUCAGCAGCACCGAGGUACUUAAGUAAGAAUAAUGCAAUACUAUAUACGAGUACCUUUUGUUUAUAAUAAUAAUUCGUUAGUCCUACCUCAACAUAAUAAAAUUCAUAUGAUAGCCACUGACUCAGUUUGAAAGUUGAAAUAUAAAUUGAUCUUGUUUCGAAAAGUUAUGAUCAGUGCGCAGUAUUAUAAAGAAAUUAUUAUUUAUCAUAAUGUAAAAUUUUGGUAAGAUGUUAAGCGCCGAUAUA